AUUUCCUAUGUGCCCAUAUGACCCUGCAUGUAUUCUGUUCGAUAAAAUGUCUCUCAAUUCCUCGCCCCACUAACUUAAAAUACUUGUGCUCCUCACUUGGCUACUUUUUUUACCUUUCAAGUUAAAAUAGAUGCAUCUCUGGUUUUUUCAUCGUUUUCAUAUUUGGUUGUUAGAAUAUAAAUUUGGUUUCUUUUGAUGGAUAGGUGUCAUUACAAGAGAGAGCAGGACAUGGCUUGUUAAAAGGGUUGAGAAGAUGAAACUUGCAGGAUAUUCCCUUGCCAUUUCAUUGACUCCUAUAGGUUCUAAUGUUGUGAAAAACAGUUGUAGAUUCUCAGUAGGUAUAUGUCGUAGGAAUUUGUGUAGUUCUAGGUUCUUUUCUGCUCAUGCUCAGAAAGAACAAUCACGUGAUAAAACUGGGGUGGUUGCCAAAUACUAUCUUCCUCCAUGGUUUAGUGUUGCUCCAAUGAUGGACUGGACAGACAAUCACUACAGGACACUAGCACGCCUUAUAUCAAAACAUGCUUGGCUGUACACGGAGAUGAUUGCGGCUGAAACAAUUGUUCAUCAAAAGGACAAUCUGGACAGAUUCUUGGCAUAUUCUCCAGACCAGCAUCCCAUUGUGCUUCAAAUUGGAGGGAGUAAUAUGGAAAGUUUGGCAAAAGCAACUGAGCUUGCAAAUGCUUAUUGCUAUGAUGAGAUCAACUUGAACUGUGGAUGCCCUAGUCCAAAAGUAGCUGGGCAUGGGUGUUUUGGUGUGAGUCUUAUGCUUGAUCCCAAGUUUGUUGCUGAGGCUAUGUCAGCAAUAGCUACCAAUACAAAUCUACCUGUCAGUGUCAAAUGUCGAAUUGGUGUGGAUGAUCAUGAUUCUUACAAUGAGCUGUGUGAUUUCAUAUACAAGGUUUCUUCUCUAUCACCCACCAAACAUUUUAUAAUUCACUCAAGGAAGGCACUGCUCAAUGGCAUUAGCCCUGCCGAAAAUAGGAGUAUUCCUCCACUAAAAUAUGAAUAUUUUUAUGGCCUCUUGCGUGACUUUCCUGACCUAACAUUUACAAUCAAUGGUGGCAUUACAAGUGUGGAUGAGGUCAAUGCAGGUCGAGAAGCUGGGGCUCAUGGUGUUAUGGUUGGACGUGCUGCUUACAAUAACCCCUGGCAAAUUUUGGGACAUGUUGAUACUGCAAUUUACGGCAUGCCAAGCUGUGGUCUUACACGCCGUCAGGUCCUUGAAAAAUAUCUUGUCUAUGGGGACUCAGUACUGGGAAAAUAUGGACGCAAGCCAGCUGUGCGAGAUAUUGUGAAGUAUGCACACUUCUCUAUGAAGGGUUCCUAUUUCAUUCUACGAGUUAGAAGAUUGGAGCCUUUGCUCAAUCUUUUUCAUUCGGAACCUGGCAAUGGACUUUGGAAGCGCAAAGCUGAUGCGGCCUUCCGAAAUUGCACGACAAUCAAUUCAUUUUUUGAAGAAACCCUUGUAGCAAUUCCCGACUCAGUAUUGGAUUCGCCUGUUGCUGAACCACCACUUGGCCGUGAAGACCUUUUUGCUAACAUACAGAAUUUAUUGCCUCCUCCAUACAGAACAAGAGAAAAAGCUGCUAUUUGCGCUUAGGUCUACAAAACCAAGUUGUAUCAUGCCCAUUUAUUUAUGUAUUUUUGUGAAAUGAAGUGACAGGUCUCAUGUAACAGCUCAUAUUAAUACAACGUAAAUGCAUAAAUUAUUAUUAUUUUUGGUCAACUGCCUACGUUAUCUUUUGUAAGCAAUUCAUUAACUUCGAAUGGUAAUCCGGUCGAUAUAGAAGCC